AUGGCGUCCGACGCAGCUCUACCAUCUCAGAUGAGAGCGGCCUACAUCGCAGAGUAUAGCAAACCGUAUGCCUUGGGAGAGCGCUCACUGCCCUCCAUCAGAGACACAGACAUUCUCGUGCGAGUUCACGCCGCUGGGUUCUGUCACUCAGACCUACAAGCAUUGCAAGGCGAGUUUGAGAAACCGGCACCAAUUGGCCUGAUACCAUCUCAUGAAAUAGCCGGCGUUGUCGCCAAACUUGGGAUCAAGUACACGGGAGACCUCAAAGUCGGCGAUCGUGUUGGCGUCCUUAACUUCAAGCAUGCUUGUGGAGCAUGUGUAGGAUGUCGCUUGACGCAGAGAAGAGGCGAAGAGCUUGAUCCAAGGUUCUGUGAUAACAGGGAAACUGCCGGCUUCUUGCACGAUGGAGGCUUUGCGGAGUACGCAUCUGCUGAUCCAGAAACAACCGUGAAACUGCCGGACUCGAUCUUGUUCGAGCAAGCUGCGCCGCUUACUUGUGCGGGAGCAACAGUUUGGGGAAGUCUUGAGGGCGCGACGGCGGGAGUGGGUAAGGGAGAGACGAUUGCGAUCGUGGGUAUCGGCGGACUCGGGCACUUGGGAGUGCAGUUCGCAAAAGCGCUCGGGUUCAAGGUCGUCGCGGUGGAUAGCAGAGAAGCAGGUCGACAGUUAGCAUCAGACGUGGAGAACUCAGCACUGAAGCCAGACCUCGUUGUCGACUCUUCCGACACCGCAGCUGCAUCAAAGGCGAUCUAUGACUUCACAAACGGCGAAGGUGUCGCAGCAGCUAUUGUAUGCACGCCUUCGUUGCAAGCGAAUCGGUGGGCGCUCAAUAUUCUCAGGAUCAAGGGGACGUUGGGAAUACUAGGUCUUCCGCAGGAGUCGUGGCAGUUCGACGCUGCACCGAUUGUGUUUCGGGAGUUGACGAUCAAGGGGAGUUAUGUCGCGGGGAGAGCAGCGACGGAGAGGAUGAUGAAGGUCGUGGAGGAGGCGGGUGUCAGGUCGCAUUUGACUGUGUUGCCGUUCGACAAGAUUCCGGACAUUGUUGAGAUUUACGAGGAUGCGGCGUUUAAGGGACGGAUUGUUGUACAGAUAUGA